GUUUUAGAUUACUUAGGAUUGCAUAUUUUGCGGAGCGGACCAAUUACCCUUGCCAAAGCACUGAGCCAUCAUCUCCACUUGGAGUAUGACGAUUAUGGCCCUGUUGAAUUCCACAACUUGCCGAAGCAAACUCGUGACAA